AUGGGUCAUUGUACAAGUUAAAUUUAACAUAACAAAUCUCCUCAAAAAUAAAAUCUGAAAAAACUUUCAUUAGAAACAAUGAAAUUCAAUAGUGAGUUAUCUAAUAUUAGAUUGACUCAUCCAUCUAAGUCAUGCUAUCUUAAAAUUGAUAUUGGUGGAUAUUAUAAAUGCGAUACCCCUAAGCAUUUUGAUUUAGAGGGGAAACAUGGUGUAAGAUUGCUUAGUUAUAUAAUAAUAGUGGAAGAGAAAAAUAACAUUACAAUUAGAAGCAAAUGAAAUAUAAUUGAAAGAAAAAUUUUUGGUUUUCUUUCUAUAUGAAGAUGAGAAAGAACUGUCUUAAUUGAGAAUUGCUUUGUAUGAUAUAAUUCAAGGGCCUCAAUUUUUUGAUUACCAAAUUGGAAAAGGAAGGAUAUCAUUUAAUAUGAUUAUGGCUUAGAUCCUUUAACUAGAAAUAAAUCCUUAAGAUAUGAUAUGCACAAUGAAUACAUGUAUAUAGGAAAAAUAAUAUGUUUUUAAUUUGAGGUUGGUGACAAGAAAGAUGCAAUUUCUGUCAGAAAAUUCAGAGAAAUUUAAUAAUCCUGCUUUUAUUAGAGGCAGGAGUGCAUCCUACAAUAGUAUUUAGGAUGAAUUAUUCAGAAUACAAUGGCUGAGUACAGAAAUGCCUCGUUUGAUAGUAGAAUUGCCAAUAAAUGAGAUUUCAAGUUCUUCAUUGCAAGUUUGCAUUUGGAGUAUAAAUAAAUCAAUUGAGGAUCAUUCCCCAACUCGAAAAUCGGUAAAAUCCUUAAAUUUUCAUGUGGAAGCAAUAGAAUAAGUGUUAUUUGCUGAAUCAAAUAUAGCAUUGAAUUAUUUACUUUAAAAUCAAGAAGAAUAGUUGGAAGAUCAUAGUAUUCAUAGAUGCAAUAUAACAAAGGGAUUAUGGUUAAGAGGGAAUAAGAUUGGAUAGAUGCAAUCAGACUUUACGAUUAAGAUUCCAGUUUAUAUGAAAUAAUAGAUGAUUGGAUUGAGAACAGAAAAGGGAUGCACUAUUGGAACAGGUAUAUUAGCAAAUUAAAGCAUAAAGGAAAUUAGUGAAGUAGUAAAUUAAUUUGAGAAAUUGAGUUAGGUAAUGUUUAAAUUAUCAUCAAACAAUCAAGCUUCAUAAAAACAAUAAUUGAUGACUGAAUUGCAAAAUUUAGCUUAAUAAUUGUUAGUGGCUGUGAGUAAAAGUGAUAAGGAUUCAUAAUUAAGACAAUUUUAUUACAAAAGUUAUGAUGAUUUAAUGAAAGGAUAAGAGAUAUUCAUAAAAAUAGCAGAGAAUCUAUUAAAUUUUGUUGAUAAAAUUGAAGGUAAUAUUAGAGAAAUUUAUUAUGAAAUAUUAUUAAUUGUAUGUACUAGAGGUGAAUUAAGUUUAGGUUCAAUGGGAUAUUUUGAUGAUUGUAAACAAUUAAAUAAAAAACAAUUAAAAUUUAAGAGUUAAAUCUGUUGUCAUUUUUAAUAAUUCCUAUAUAACACAUUAAAUAUUGCUUUAUAAAAGAUAUGUUUAAAAGCUAUGUCUCCUAAAGAAAAGGCAUUCGUUGAAAAAUUUUUAGUUAGUUCAUUUUUUAAAGUACCUGAAUUUAGAGAAGCAUUUGUAAAUGCACUUCAAAAUCCAAAUGAUCCUGAAUUAUCAGAAUGGCGUGGUACUGAUUAUUAAUUAGAUGACCCAGAGAAUUUUAGAACUGAAUAAGUUACAGUUUUAUUUGAUUGGUAAAGUUACUUUUAUAAUUAUUUACCUUCUCAUUUAAACAUUAAUGCUGUUACAUUGAAUUCAGAUGAAGAAUGGCGUAGGAUCAUUGCAAAAAGAAACACAGUCUUCUUCUUCCUUGUUUAAGCUUUGUGUUUACAUAUAUAAUAAAAAUUCUAAAAGGAUAUAAUUCCUUGGAAAGAUAUACCUGGAUAUAGAAAGAUUUUGAAAGCACUUUUAUGUGAAUUAAAAAUAAGAGAAUCAUAUCCAGACGCAAUGAUUAAUGCUAUUACAUAAGUUGUUACUAAUGGAGGACCUUUAAAUGUUAUUAUUAUGAUAUUAUACAAUAAAACUAAGUAAAUAUUGUUUUAGUAUGUAUUAAUAGCAUUUAUUCAAGUGAUAAAGUUGUUUAAGUAAUGGAUUUGAUAAGUUAAUGUAUACAAUAAUGUUAAGCUAUCCCAACCAAUUUUGAUUAUCCUUUCUUUUUAAAUGGAUUGAGAGUGGCAGUUACUUAAAGUGAAAAUGCUUAUGUGAUUGCCAAAAGUUUGCAUUUAAUCUAUAAUAACUAUUUAGUAUUCCCAUUAGAAUUUAAAAAAGCUAUUGUUGACUUUCUAUUUGAAGGUCAAUGUUAUGAAUUGUUUUUGCAUUGGUCUAAGACUGUUAGAAGUGUUUAUAUUAGUCUUCUCAUUUAUCGAAUAUAUCAUUUACAUAGAAAUAAUAAGAUUUAAAUUACAGAUGAAAAUUAAUUUGAUAAAUAAUAUUUCCAAAUUACUAAGCCAAAAAGAUUACAAAGUUAUUAUGAGAAUAGAAAAGAGGAAACAUAAUUGAUGGUAACUCAUUAAUUAUUUUUAGUUAGAGUGAUUAUAUCUAUUUGAAGUAUUCUAGAUUUAUGAUGAAUAUUGAAUCAGCCAAAGCCAAAUUUAUUAGCAAAUCUUAAAAUAAAGAAUUACCAUUAUUUUAAAGGAUGAAAAUGAAAUUAGAAUAAAAACUCAAAGUUGAAGGAUCAUCAUUUAGAGAUUUGAUUAUUUGUGAAGAAUAAAGCAAAAAUCCAAAUAUUGAAACGGAUAAAAGAAUAAUAUAUGAAAGAAAGAUAGAGUUUAGGAAUCCUAAUAAAAAAAGAACAAUUAUCCUUAAUGAUAAUCAUCUCAGAUAUCUUUCUGCUGCUUUAACUGAAUACAAUGAAAUGCAAAAAUAAUAUACUAAAUGGAGAUAAUAAAAUAUUGCUUCUGUUUAAGCUUCUAUCUAAGGAAUGACUGAUGAAGAGAAAGCUGCAAAACUUACAUAAUUUCCAGUUCCACAGAUAAAACUUAUGCAGACUUAUGAUAUGAAGGAAGGCAAACAGGAAUGA